CAGUAAACUUGGAGACAGCAUAUCAGCUCCCGCACUGCAGAGACUCGGGGUCCUUUUCUCGUUUCGUGCUUUGGCUGCUGGGCGUCUAUCUCGAACCGAAGAAGAUAAUGGAAAUAGCCGUUAAUUGUUCCCUCUUCUCGGGUUUAAAUCCUAAGAUAAUUAGAAACAAUCGGAGGAUCAGUGCAUCUAUUCCCAGCCUUACUUGCAGGAGAACAAAAUCCUCCCAUCAAAUCAUGUAUUCUGCUCUAGCACUUAGCAGAAGGGAAAGUAAUAAGUAUAUUCCUGCAAUUUGUGCUGUGUUAUCAGGCACAGAAGACAUUGGAGUAUCGUCUUCUCAGUUUGAAGAUAUUCCUAUUACAGUUACUACUUCAGGUACCAGUGUUGCCGGUGAACUAAAGUUAAACGUAGAGGUAUCUGGUGCUAAAACUCGAGCAAUUUUUGACGAAGUUUUUGACAAAAUGGUUACUGCAGCCCAACCAAUACCUGGAUUUCGAAGAGUGAAAGGAGGGAAAACACCGAAUAUACCUAGAGACAUUUUGCUAGAAGUCCUUGGACCUUCUAAAGUUUAUAAGCAAGUAAUCAAGAAAGUGAUCAAUUCUGCGAUAGCUGAAUAUGUAGAGAAGCAAGGUUUAAAAGUUAGAAAGGACUUGAGAGUGGAGCAAAGCUUUGAAGAUCUUGAAGUUGCUUUUGAACCAGGUGAAGAUUUCAGCUUUGAUGCUGUCAUUCAUCUUCCCUAGUGACCGAGACAAUGUGUAUAUUUUCCUUUACCAUUCUUCAAUUUUUGUACAUACUUUGUUUAAAUCUCAAGCAAAGUUAUUACAUAUCUAUGCCUAAACUGAUAAGGGAAUCAGACCGGAAAACAGAGAAUGAUAGAGCACCUUGCAUUUGAUUUGCCAA